UAAAUUUCCGUGCUUCAGCUUUGAGAAUUUCAAUUUCAGCUUUUAAUAACAAGGUUUAUUUAGAUCAUCUUGCAUGAAAGUAAUAUUGCAUGGAUAUUCUAUGUGUGCAUGAGUUUAAAUUCUUAAAUUGUAAAUAUUAGCGUUAAUGGUCAACAUUUAUUGCGGCUAAUGUAGUGGUUAAAACUUGACUUCAGCAUGGAGGCUAGGCAACUUGAUUCAUGACAACUCCUGUCUUCCUGCCUAAAACUGUCAACAUAUUCUUUUGUUUAUAGAGAAUGUGGUCUUUUGCAAAAUGAAAAGGUAAGAGACAAAAGCUCAACACAAAUUCAAACUGUUCCCCUGCACCCUUCCUAGUAAAUCUCUGGUCAACUGAUAAUGAAUUUGUGGCUGGGUACGUGUGACUUGGAGAGAAGCCCCAAAAUAGUUUGAGAGGCCCAGAGUGGCCUUCUGUCUGGACAAAGGCGUCCUUGGGAUGUCCUGUGCUGUCUUUCCAUUUAGGUGUUCCUUCCCUUUCCCUGCCCUUUCAAGGUUUGUAUGGGUAUUCUCAAAGGUUUGGGGCAUGUUUUAAAAGUGUUGGAUUGUAGAUCAGGGACCAACCAGUUUUUCUUGUAGUACUGGUUCCAACCAUGUCCUGAAUGUAGUUAGGUAGAAAAUAGUAACAUUUUCUUGGUGAGCUGCUUCAUACAAAAGUUAUAUUCCAAAAGUACUUAAUAAUACGAUGCAACAGCAAAUCAUCUUCUGUUUGCCAAUCUAUAUUGUAAAGGUUUUUGGUUCUUUUUCUCUGAGAUUUUAUAUCAGGUAAGUACAGCUAUCCUGGUACUGUACUGUUACAGCUUCAAAUAAAAUUCAGCUAAACUACCACAAAAUACUCCAUAAUCACCAUCAAACCAGCAUGUUAUAAAAUGAGUCUCUUCACUCCAAAACUGAAAGGAGGCUGUGUGACAUUCUCUUUGUUAAUGGCUAUUGUUUGUAGUUGAGAACUAGUGCCUUAAGCUUAAAGAACUAAUAAUACUUUAAUUAGUUUUGUGAAUGAGUCAAAGUGGUUUCUCUGUCCAUGGCAAAGAAACAGGCUUUUUAGUGAGGGGGAUUCUGUUCAACCCAACUUUAUCGCAUGCUGGUGAUUUGUGGUCUGUGGAUUAUUGGGGGAAAUGCUCUGGCAUUGUUCUUGCACUGUUGUCAGUUGGUUAAUACUACAGGAGUGUCUAGAUUUUUAAAACUCAAGGCAUGUUGUCUUUUUUCACAAAGGAAAUAUGAGCCUUCAUCACUCAUUAGUGUUCUUAUUUUGUGGAGAAUAUUCUUUGAAAUGCUGCCUUGUUGUUCUCCUCUCUUCACCGUGGUUAGUUGGUGUUGAACAGAGGGAACAGAGUAGUUCCAUGAAACUGCAUGUCAUCUGCUCAUUCUCCAGCUACAUAAAAUGUUUUUAAAUAGCAGAGCUAGAGAAGUUCUCUGAAAUGCUGAAAGAACAGCCAGAAACUCCACAAAAGCAUCUUCAUAAUGAAUCUUUCGCUGCUAGUUAAGAAAUGAUAAAAUGGCUCGAAAUAUCCAGACUUUCAAAUAUUCUUGAUUAAAGGUUGUUAAACAGUUGCUUGUGUACAAACUGUCUUUCUAAUGGUGUAAAUUGCUUUUGAGUUUCAAGUUUCUCUAGUGAACAGCGGGAUAAUUCUUCAUUAUUAAUAUUUUAAAGUUUUUAAGUUUGAGAAGGCUGAUUUGUCUCCCCUUUGUCUCAUUUUUUGAAACAGAUGAAAACUUUAUUUUGAAACAUGACAGAGCAUUUCUUUUGUCAAUGGCAAACAGAGGGAAGCAUACCAAUGGUUCCCAGUUUUUCAUAAACAGUGUUACAUCGUGCGCUCCAAAGGUAAUGUCUCAUUCCUCUAAGGCUGUGUUCUUUCUCUCUCUUUUUUUCUUUCUUUCUUUCUCCCUCCCCUCCCCCCUUUUCACUUUCUUCUUUCUGUCUUUCUUGUCUUUUUCUGAUCAUAUGUGAAUUGAAACUUGUGGUGUUACAGUUCUUCAUGGGGUUCAGUACCAACUUUGAGAAAAAGAGACUCCUUGUCUUUAUGGCUAUCCUGUGUUUUUAAGCCCUAUUUCAUGAUAAACCAUUCAAAAUUUCUUGCUAUUUGUAGAAGUAUAAUUCUUUCAUGGGAAAAAGUUCUGUCAAAGCUUUUCACAGUUUUCUCAGUCAUUUUUCUCUUCAUGGGGAGAUAAUGGCUUUGAAAAAGUGAGGAAUGGCUAGAUCGGUAGUUUAUGUCCUUUUCUGCAAUCUUGCCAACUAUUAUCAAUGGGAGAAAUAGUUAUUUAAAAAUAUAUUGGUUGUUUUAUAUCCCCCAGUUUAAAUAAUAAUAAACAAUAUUUUGAAAUCAAUAUUUCAGUAAUAUUAAAUAUGAAGUUUCGAGCUUAUAACACAUUUACCUUGUGGAGGAAGCCAGUAGGUGAAGGCAUAGUUAAGAAUACUUGUUACUCCAGCUGUUCAAAGGUUUUUCUCCAUCCCUGUUUUUUCUGAAAAUGCUUUUAGAGACUUGCAUGUUUGAAUAAUGAAAAGAUCCAAAGUCUCUUUAUUAUGAAAACUAGUGAAAAUAUUUUGUGGAGGCAUUUCAAAAUCUUUGAUGGACAGUUUACUUCCAUUUGGAACUGGUGGUGUUUACAGUGACUGUCGAUCUCAGCCACCUCCUGGUCAUUUUUUCUAAAGGAAUCUUACUCAGGAUUUCAGUUCAGUAACUUUAGUCAUAGUUCAACUACACAGAUUGCAUCACAAUCUGUUUUUGUCCUCCCUGCACGUUGCUGGAUUGGGGUUGUUUUAUAGAGAAGGGAACUGGGGCUGAGUGACCUACCAAGAUUACCCUCAUAUACAUGGGAGGGGAAUAACAUUUGAACUUAGAGACCCAAAUUCCAAAGCUCCCUCUGUGGAGAUCAUCCUACAGAAGUGUUUAUUCCCUUUACUUAGUCCAUACAUUUUUUGAUGGGAAAUUCGCUGCACAUAGCCUAUGCAAUUAGGUCCAGCCAUAGUAGCACAUUCAAAAGCCAAUUGCCAGCAAGGUAAUGCUUAAUUAUUUAUUCUGUUCCUCAUUUAUGAAUAUUCUCUGGUGUUUGGAACACACAAGCGUGUGUUAAUGAUCCCUGUUCUGUGUGUUUGUUUCUGUGAAGAUGUAAAGAUAUGCCUAGAGAAUAAUGCUGCUUAAUCUUCCAGAGCAUGUAAUGAGAAAGAGCAUGCUUGCCUCCCAGUCUUAACUUUGUGCCCUACAGAUCUUUCUGUCCUUACUUUGCAAAAGGAAUAAUAAGAGUUCACAUUUGUGCUUACUGAAUCCAAUGCUCUAAUGGGCCGAAUGUUCUUUUUCGUUUUAGAGCUAUAGAGCUGGGCAGUUGCACAGUGAUCCUUGCCUGUUUUCUGACUCUCAAGGCUUGAGAGCAGAUUGGUUAAUCAGAAUGCCCUGCCUAUGCUGACUUGAUCAGCAAACGUUCUGUUAACUUUUCUAGCUUUGCAGACAGAAAUAGUAGCGGGUAAGUUGCCCUACAGACCACAGGUCCUGAAACAUCUUGUCCCAAAUGUGGGGAGGUUGACAGGCAUCCAAACCAGCACUGAUUUCGACUUGAUUUAGAGAGACCAAUCAAAAAGUGAGAUCUGACCCACACUAUUUGUAGAAUUUCCAGCCCACAAGGUCAGUGAUUGUGGCUGGGAAUACUCAUAGUUCAACGAAUUUGGAGAAUACCUGGUCAGUGGAGAAGGGGUGUAGACUGAAAAGAACUCUGCAGCAGUUCUAGUAGUAGACAUAUUCUCUGAGGCAUUUUGAGCAAGCACAUGUUAUACAGUACUUGGCAUAUAAUUUCCACUCUUAUUCCGAUUAGAUUGCACUCUUGUUAAAGAGGACCAAGGGAACAGCUGCUGAGUUCUUAGACUCAAAAGGUCUAUAAAGUGAUUGGUACCCUGUUUGAAUGAAUGAAAAUUCAAUAAUAGUGCCUUUCUGCCCCCUCUCCCCCCCCAAAGAAGGCCAUUGGAAGAAAGAAUUACUCUGUUUCAACAAACAUUUGCAAAAGUACACCAGGACAGUAUAUUGCUUUACAGUUAAUUAAUACACGUGCAUUUUCCAUGGUAACUUCAACAAAUGCUUUCUGAUAAUUAGUUGGUAUUGUCUUUGAAAACAAUUUCUUCCCCCAACAAAUGCCAGAAUAUUUUCAAGGCACACUAAUUCUUCUGGGCAGAUUGUCAGUAGAUAUUGGACUAUAAUCCUUUGUUUCAAAGGUUCACUGUAUUUUAGCAUAGAGCAAAAUCACACAGAGAUAUUACUAAGGCUGCAACCAUUAUACAUGUUAUUUCAAAGAAAUAAAUAUCAUGGGAUUUAUUCCUUAGACAUGUAUAUGAUUGCAGACUUUGUCAUAAGCUUAACACUUUGACAUUGUUUGGGAUUACAAUUUAGCAUCAUCCGCCCCCCAAGAAGGAUGACCAGUGGAAUUAUACUCUUGAAACAUAGAGUGGGAACAAGGCAUAAAAAGCUCUAUUAGAAUAAAGCUUGACUGAUUAUAAAUUUUAGAACUAAUUUUCCAAAGCUGUGAAUGGUUUCAAGUUGAUUUGCAGAAUUAGAAAAAUAAUAGGAGACAAGUUGGUUUGGAACUAUUGUGUUUGUAUGUCUAAUAGAUUUAACUUUUAAGAAUUUGGUUUUGUGCAGUAUCAACCAUAUUAGAUGCAUCUAAUUUAUUCUGUGUUGUUGCCAAGAUCCAGAUUGUAAUUCUGAGUACUUGAAAUAUGAGGGAAUCCAUGAUGGUUUGUCCAAUUCUGGCCAUGGUGAAAUGGAGCCAGUCUGUUUGUUUAUACUACAGGCAUUUAAUCUGAAUCAGAAAUAAAAUUCAAGUGUAGCAUUAUAUUGUAGUGUGUGACAAAAAGUGAUACAUUUCCUGAAUUUAGUAUAAAUAAGUUUAUUUAUUAAAUUAACUGCUAUGUUUUUUCUUCCCUUACUUUUUUAUUUUACCUGCCAUUCUGCCUUUUUACUUCUUCAUCUGAAAACUUGAUUUUUUUUCAACAAUAAACAUCUCAUGCAUGUUGAUGUUGAGCAGAACUACGAAGCCUGCUCCUCACCUUGAUGGCGUCCAUGUCGUCUUUGGACUGGUUAUUUCUGGUUUUGAAGUAAUAGAACAAAUAGAAAAUCUGAAAACUGAUCCUGCCAGUAGGCCAUACGCAGAUGUGCGCGUUAUUGAUUGUGGGGUGCUGGUUACAAAAUCAGCAAAGGAUGCGUUGGAGAAGAAAAGAAAAGUAUGGACGCAUUCGGAAGCUUCAGAUACCUCCAGCAGCAGCACAUCCACGUCGUCGGAAUCCUCUUCUGACAGUGAAUAUGAAAAUGAGCGAAGCAGGAAAAGGAAACGCAAGAGGAGGAGUAAAGCUAAGCAACCAGGGAAACGAAGAAGGGAAGAAAGGAAGAAAGAGGAAGCGAAGAACAAACACAGCCACUCCGACCAGAGCGAAACAAAUGAAAAGUCAGCGGACCUGAACGUGAAGAGGGAUAAGCCCGUUGUCCGUCCUGAAGAAAUUCCUCCAGUGCCCGAAAACAGAUUUUUGCUUAGAAGAGAUGCACCUAUUAUAAAUACAGAGCCAGAUUCGAAACCCAUCGAUGCAGCACCUGUUCUGGCUGAUCAGAAGCCUUCUGUAUCAAAAUCUGGAAGAAAAAUCAGAGGGAGAGGCACAAUAAGAUACCAUACGCCGCCUCACUCUCGCUCAUGCACGGAAUCUGAUAAUGAUGGAAGUAGUGAAACACCACCACACUGGAAAGAGGAAAUGCAGAGAUUAAGAGUUUAUAGGGCACCCAGUGGAGAAAAAUGGAGUAAAGGGGAUAAGCUGAGUGACCCAGGAAGAUGGGAUGAAAGAAGUCUGUCCCAGAGGUCACGGUCUUGGUCCCACAAUGGCUUUUCAGACCUAAGUACUGCUCGACAUGUUGGCCACCAUAAAAAACAUCGGAAAGAGAAAAAAGCGAAGCACAAGAAGAAGGCCAAAAAGCAAAAACAUUUCAAGAAACACAAACAAAUUAAAAAGAAAAAGAUGUCUCCUUCAACAGAUGUAGAAUCCUCCCACUCUUCUACUAGAAGGACAAAAUCAUUGUGUGACCAUGAAAGAGUAUCACGUUCUUCUUCCCUGACAUCUAGAGAUGAUUCUUCUAGAAGAGGCUGGUCCAAAUCUGACAGAGAUAAGCGGAGCUCGAUAUCUCUCUCCAGCAGAGAUUCUCGGUCAUACUAUAGGUCUCGAUCCCGGUCUAGGUCCAGGUCCAGGUCUCGAUCUUAUUCCAGAAGUUCUAGGUCAAGAAAUGCUCAUAAAUCUUCACGAUCAAGGAGCAGGUCAAGAUCAAGUUCCACCUCGAAGCAAGUGAAAACGGUCUCCAGUUCACCCAAAAACGUGGCGGCUCAUUUAAAGGAGCGCAAGCCAGCCCCUGUUGAACCAGUAAGAACUGCAUUACCACAAAAUGAUAAAUUAGCGAUCCAGCCUGUGGUUGCUGAAAGCAUUCCAGUUAUCCCACUUAGUGACAGUCCUCCACCUUCUCGAUGGAAACCUGGACAAAAGCCAUGGAAACCAUCUUACGAGCGAAUUCAGGAAAUGAAAGCAAAGACCACUCACCUGAUACCCGCUCAGACUAACUACAGUUUAAUCAAUAUCAAAGACCCUGGCUCCUCCUCUUCCUAUCAUAAACGUCCAAAGAGUUCGGAGAGCGACCGGAGCCGUAACUCCAAAAAUCAGAGCAAUAGAAGCUCUGGCAGCUGGUGGAAGUCUAGGAGCAGGACAUCGCGAAGUCGAUCCUACUCCAAGUCAUACUCAAGGUCAAGAAGCCCUUCCAGCUCAAGAUCUCGAUCCCGAUCCACAGUUAGAUCCCAUUCAGGGAAUCAGUUCCCCAGUGACCAGUCAUGCUACAGUGGAUCAUCUUCUUACUUUUCCCUAAGCGAGGAUGACCGACAGAAAAGCCGAACAAAAUCUGAAUCCAGAGAGAGAAAUUCUGAGUUGUCCAAGAAAAGACAAAGUAGUUCUGAAAGUACUCUUCCGUAUGUGAAAGGUGUGAGCUCUUCGAAGCACCGAGCAAGUGCAAGUAGAUCCUCCUUAGACUCCUCGACAGACAGUGAAAAACUGGCUAGAUCCCAGGCUGUCCAAGAAAAAGGGCAAUCAAGGUCAGGAAAAGGGACUCGGAAACAAAAUAAAAGAAGUUCAGGUUGCGACAGGCACAAAGAAAAGCCUAGGUCUGGGCAAGACAGCAACCAUUCGAAAAUCAAAGUUUUGAAAGAGAAAUCUGAGACUCCAAGAAGCGGUCGGAAGCCAAAAAGGAAAACGCGCGCGAGUAUUGAGUGGGACUCUGAAUCAAAUUCUGGAAGAGAUGGAAACAGAAACGGUAAAGAAAAUUCAAGACCGUCUUCUGCAAAAGAGGAAGGCGAAGCCACGUCAGACUCAGAUACAGACCUCUGCCCGCCCAGAUACAAGUCAAAAUCAGAACCCUCCCCAGAUACGUUGAAAGGAAACAAAGCUCCUUCUCCCUCUGAAACCGAGAGCUCCAAUUCCAAUGCAGGCUCUAGGGAGAAAUCCAGGAAGCAGAAGCGUAAUUCCAAAAAAACCUUCCGAAAAGCACAUUCCAAAAAAGCUAAAGAAAAGUCCAAGGGUAAAAAGGAGAAGAAACAUAAGGCUGAGAAACAAAAAGAAACGUUUCACUGGCAGCCUCCCUUGGAAUUUGGGGAGGAGGAGGAGGAGGAGGAGGAAGUCAUUGCUAUAAAACCUGGAAUAAGGGAUGACCGAGAGAAGCAAACCAAAACAGAGGUGAAAGAAAAAAACAAAGAUCCGGAUUCUGAAAAUGGUAAAAUGGUCAAAGACCAAGCAAAGGAUGACGUGAAGUCCCAUGAAGAGACUGUCCUCUCCAGUAGAGUUGCAGAUAAUGCAUCACCUACUAGCCAACUGAAUAAACGCAAUGAGGAACAAGUUUUUUCAGCCCCUGUUCCAAAUCCAGGUAAAAAUGUGGGUGUUUCAGGAAGCGCCACGACUGCUCAGGAGAAUAAUGAAACCGAGAUGGAUGUUACACAGAUGGAUGAUAUGGAGAUCUGUACUCCAGACCACAACUCACCCGUAAAAAUGGAUGUGGAACUUUCUCCAGUAAGCCUCAAGGUCAAUUUCCAGGACGUUAAAGGCAGUACCACCUCCUGUGUGCCCAUUGGCGCUGAAGCAGAGAGUGCAAAGCAGGUGGUGGAUGCUAAAGAACUGACCAGUGUUAAAGAAGGCAGCCGAGAACGAGACAGAGAAAAACCUAAAGCCGCCUCAGCCGUCGCUAGCGUGGAAGGCGUGUUGAAAACCGAAGUAGCUGAAAGUGCCCACAGCAGCCUUGUUGACAAUAAGUGGAAACCGUUACAGGGGGCUGGGAAUCUGCAGAUAGCCGCUCCUGCCAGCAGCCCUGCCGAAGCAAAAAACGUGGCCCCCGGCUCCUCCGAAUCCAAGCCGCAAGGUUUAAGGAUAGAAAUUAAAAGUAAAAACAAAAUUAGGCCAGGCUCUCUGUUUGACGAAGUCAGGAAGACCGCGCGUCUGAAUCGGAGACCGAGGAACCACGAGAGCUCCAGUGAAGAAGAUUCCCCGGCACGAGAGGACAGCCAGUCUAGAAGCCGGAGUCGGUCGCGGGGCAAGUCGGAUGUUAAAUCCAGGCACAGAACAAGAUCUCUGUCUUACAGUCACUCACGAAGUCAGUCUAGGAGUUCCACAUACUCAUACAGAUCCCGGAGCUACUCAAGAAGCCGGAGCCGAGGGUGGUACAGCCGUGGCCGCUCAAGAAGUCGAAGUAGCUCUUACAACAGUUGCAGAAGUCAUAGCCGCACUUACAGUCGGAGCCGAUCCAGAAGCAAUUCGUAUGAUCACCGGAGUCGGUCGAGCAGAUCCUACACCUACGACAGUUACUACAGCCGGAGUCGCAGUCGGAGCCGUAGCAAAAGAAGUGACAGUUACCACCGGUCUCGUAGCUAUGACAGGCGUUCCAGAUCCUAUGGCUCUGACAGUGAAAGCGACCGCAGUUAUUCUAAUUAUCGAAGCCCCAGUGAAAGCAGCAGAUACAGCUGAAAGUGUACGGUUGAAAAUAGCAAUUAUACUUAACAGAAGUUUUUAUGUCCAUAGUGUGCGUGAAAGUUUUUUUUUUCCCUCAACGUCUAGGUAGGACUAAAUGAUGCCAAGCGAGAUGGCGCCUUAUUUAAAACUCUGAGCACAAUCUUUUCGUACGCUCUACUAUGGCAAUCAUUUUCUGUUUCCUGGAGUUCUAUUUCCAAACUAGAAGACACUGUUUUAUGUGAAAUCACAUUUUCAGUUAGCCUAGUGCUUUGAGAGAAAGCUCUGUAGCAGAAUCAUCUCUUGGACGGCUUCUCGCUGUUUCUCCAAAGGAAAUACGCUUGGUAACCCUGAAACUGUGAAGAAUAAUAUUAAGAAUCUAUUUUCUGCACACCUGCUUCAAAAGUUGCCUUUCCAUGUUGAGAAAGUGGUUCCUUGGCAUCUUGUACAUAAAUGGGUCCCUCCAAAUGCGGUGACGUCACAGGUCCAGGAAUACCGGGGCUAAUAGGCCAUUCACCACGACGGCUGUGGAUCCUGGGAGUUAUGGUCACUGCUUGUCUGCCAGGUGUCACGUAUCCUUGGAUCGCAGGAGUUAAAGUUGGUUCCCAUCUUGGUCACUUUUUCCUGGUAUCACCACUGCAGAUGUAAUACAGAUUUGGGUGCUAGGCGUGUAGCUAAUCUUUGUGUCUGAACUCCAAGCAAUGCUAGACUGCGCUCAGUUUCAGUUCUCUUUCCAAUUAAGAAACAAGAACAAUGUUCUCAUCGUGUCUCCCCUUAGCAAAAUCGAUUAGGUUUAAAAAAAAAAAAAAGAUUUUGAUAUGCUUAGUUUGUCCUUUAUUUCCUCACUGCUAAGUAUU